AUUUGAAAUCACACUGAAAAAAAUUCUGAGACACAGAAAUAACGUAAAGAAUGCAAACAAGGUGCGAAGUUCGAAAUUAUAAUGACAGCACCAAUUUCUUACACAACAAGACAUCAAAAUACAAUGCUUUAUAAUAUACUCCCUCCAUUUGCUGGUCACACUCUGAGAACCCUCGCGAGAAAUUCACUGUCUUUCUCACAGAGAAGAAGAACAAUGGCUGCGCAAACAACAGCAGGUGCUGCUUCAGAUGCUAUUUUAGAGCAAAAGCGUGCACUACGGUCGAGGGUCCGCAGGGAUCUCAAGGCUCUUGAUCCCAUUCAGAGGAGACAACAAGAUGAAGCUGUUCAGGAGCUUGUUUGGGAAGCUCCAUGGUUCAAAUCCAGCAGUAGGUUAUGUGCUUACAUAAGUUGUGAAGGUCUAAGAGAAGUGGACACUUCCAAAAUAAUAUCAAGUAUUUUACAGAAACCUGAAUCUGAUUCAAAGGUGCUUUAUGUUCCUCGUGUUGAAGACAAGGAAAGCAAUAUGAGAAUGUUGCACAUUACUAGUGUCUCAGAGCUGAUUGCAAAUUCAAUGAACAUAUUGGAACCAACGCCAUUGGAUAGCACUGGAAAUCAGAGAGAAGAUGUUAUGGAGGCAGACAAAUCAGUAGACUUGCUACUUUUGCCAGGACUCGCUUUUGAUCGUUCUGGAAGACGCUUGGGUCGAGGUGGAGGAUAUUAUGACCGUUUUAUCAAAAGAUACCUGGAACUUGCUGGAAAAAGAGGUUGGCAGCCUCCACUACUAGUUGCAUUGGCAUACUCCACACAGAUAUUGGAUGAAGCAAUCCCUGUUUCUGCUCUUGAUGUUCCUGUUGACGCUAUUGUCUCACCAUCUGGUGUUAUCUCCAUAACCUCAAAUGCAUUGGAAAGAAUGUAAUAUGAAUCAUUAGGAUCCUUUUCUGAAUAAAAUUUUGGUUAAGGGCUUCUCUUACCAUAAUGGAAACUUUACUGCUUUUGAAAUUUAUUACAGCUUUUCCUAAACUGCGGUAAGUGGUAUUUAUUAGGCGUGGUGGAUUUCUCAUCUGAUAGAGAUUUUCCCUUCUGUAAAUUAACAGGUUGUUGAAUUUCUGUAUUCAUUGGAAGGAAAAUAAAGACACUUGAAACUUAUUUUUAAACCU